AUGUACUGGCGCCCGAAAGUAGACGUCCGCGUCGGAUACAGUUCAGACACGCCUUCCACAAUAUUCGUCCCGCCCUCGUCGAGCACAACAACGCGCAAACACCGGCCGUCCAACCACCAGAGGGGCUACUCCUCUGACGCCGCCUCCACCGCCGGCCACGGCCAUGCCCACGGCACCGGCCACACCCGCCAGCGCACAGAUCCGGGCAUCUACGCUGCCUACGGCGUGCCGGCCAGCAGUGCGGGUGCUGGCCCAUCACAGGCGCGCGGCGCUCCACAAUAUCCAGACCGGUACGCGCCACCGCCUGCUUCUGCUUCUUACACCCAAAUGCCUGUACCCGUGCCGCCAACGGAGAGCCGGCAACGCGAUCCGGUGUCGAAGCUCAAGAAGAAGCGCGACGAUCCAGCGCGAGUGGCAGCACGGCAGGAGAGGGAACGGGAGAAGGAGCGGGAGAGACAGCGAGCAGAGCAGCAGCAGCGGGCUGACCAGCAGGCUGAAGAGGCGCGGCAGGCGGAGAAGGCGGCGGCCAGGCAGCGAAAGAAGGAGGCCAAGCAGAAACAGGAGCAGGAGGCCGCAGAAGCGCUCGAAACAGAACGACGGCGGAAGAAACGCGAAGAGCGGCACAGGGAGCGGGCCGAGCGGCAGAAGCAGAUGGAGCUGGCCGCACAGCGAGAGGCAGAGGCGGCACUGGCCGCUGCGGCAAAGGCAGCCCCGCCGGCCAGCAGAGAUUACCGCAAACAGACCCAGAAGCCGAAGGAGGACGAGAGCGACGACGAGCGCACCAAACGGCGCAGGCUCAGAGUGCCCGGCCAGGCCAACAGCUCGCCUGGCCAGCAAGGUGUACCCGUCGUGCCCUCGUCCCAAGCAUCUUACGCCCGCGUCUAUCCUGACAACGCGCCCGCCUCUUCGCGCGAGACCCUCAAACCGUCCAACAGACAGCCGGCGGCAAAGGCGCCCUCAAAGCCUUACGACGUCGCGCCCUAUCCUCCCGGCUACGCCGUCUCUGGCAGCGACGGCGAACACGCCCAUCAUCACCGCACAAAGACGCGCUCUAAGCCGGCGCCUCAACAACCGCCCGCAUCCGCACCUUCGCCGCCAGGCGUGCCCUUGUAUCGCGCAGAUACACAGCGAUCAAACAAAGGAGGCAUGUUCGGUGACAUGGCAAACUGGUUCUUCAGCAGCGGCAGCAAAGACCGCGAGAAGGAGCCCAAGAGCCGCGUCAAGGUCCCCACCCCGACGCCGACCAAGAGCACCCCAUCGCCCGUAGUGAGCAUCACCGCCGGCGAAGGUCCUCCCGAUCCGCCCAAGGGUUCCCCUCCACAGCCUGCGAAAUUACCUGUCCACCUCCAGGCGCUCAUGCAAGCCCACCACGCGGCUUCCGCACCUCCAGCGACGGCAACGCCUCAUGCUGCCCCUCAACCCGUUCGACCUCCACCGGUUCCUGUCCAACCGACCCAGACCCAGUCCAAUCUCGGAUCCGUCUCUCACGUCGCCACUGGCAUACCCUCCCUCAACUCUUCUCCACCUCGACCUCCUCAACCGCAGCACUCGCAGUCCGCGCCUUCGCAUGUGCCCUCACCCUCGGUACACCAGGUCCCCGCCGUCGCGUCUUCCGCUCGCACGCGCCACUCACCCCCACAACGUCAUUCCCCGCCACAGGCCAUUCCCGGCGCCUUUCCAGAUGAACGCGAUUCUCCCGGCCGACGCCAUCGCAGGCAUGGCAGCGCAAAUGAACUCCCACAGCGCAGCGCGAGCACCAAGCCGCCUUCGCCACCCAAGCGCGAUGCCCCGACGCCCGCACCCUCUCACGCACCUUCCACCGCUCACGACCGACACGCCCACGCUCACGCCUCCCACGCUCACCAUCAACAGCCUCAGUCUCAACCACAAGCACAAGUCAGCUAUCAUAAUGCACCUACAUCUACACAACCUCAACGCCCAUCACCGCGAGGGCAUACGCUGCCCAGCCCGUCUGUGACACAGCUUCAAGCUCAACAGCAGCAGCGCACCGCGUCGCACGAGACAGGAAGUACCACGCUCGUUGGGACAACUACACCCCAGAGCACGCUGGUCAACUCUGUCGCUUCUCCGCGGGCCGUGCCCGUACCCGCCUACUCUACCACAUCACACUCAUCACGACGAAACCGUUCGGCCUCCGCGUCCGCCGCCCAACCCUCAUCUUCUCAAUCACAGCAACAGCAGCAACAGCAACAAUCACAACAGCAACAGCAGUCAUACUUCGCUCCUACACCCGUCCGCGCAACCGCCCCUUCUUCCUCUCACGGCCAUUCGCAUUCGCAAUCUACAUCUCACGCAUACACUUAUGCCCAAACAUACACAUCGCACGACCAUCGCGGCGCUACGCCCGCGCCCAUCCGUAUACCCGCGCCCGACCGUACAGCCUCGGGGAGCCCCGACGAUGGCGGGAGCUUGAACACUCCCUCAUCUCUGGGCCCUACGCCCCGCGCGGCGCCCGGCGAGCUGCCGCCUGUCUACGGAUAUCCCCUCCAGCCGACUACCACGAGCCAGAGUCUACCGGAAGGCAGAUCGACGACGUCCAAACGAGGCAGCAUAUUCGGCGGGCUCUUCCGCUCCAAGACGCAAGCGCAGACCGGAUCCGGGACGGCGCCGGGCGUUAGCAGGAGUGCACCGGGCGUUACCGUUACUGUCAAGCAGAGCAGGACGAGUUUGCGUGCGCAGAGUGACAGUGAAGCGCCGACGGGGAGAGAUAGGCAGGGGCCGGCGGCGGCGUUCAGUGCGAGUCGAAGGACGAAGGGGACGCAUUCGUCGUCGCAUCAUCGCGAGGCGCAACAGCCGCCGCAUAGUGCACCUCCACAUCCGCACCCUCCUCCGGCCCCUCCACCCCAGGCGCAAUCGCAAGCGUCAACCCAGACACAGAGGCCAAGCUUGAACAGGGCGCCUUCGUCCUCGGGCACGCUGAAGAACGCGGCUAUCUUCCGGCUCAUCGCCAGGCGCCACCACACCGUCUCCAAUCUUUCACUCGACGCAGCAGACGGUACGAAUGCGGGCGACAGCACAGUGAUGACCUCGCCCGCUGCGUCCGUACGCGAGGUGGCGCCGCCGAAGAGGGAUCCCGUUCAAGCUACGCACGAUUGGAGGCGCGCUGCAGAGGCGGACGCGAUUGCGACGGAGAGGGGGAGUAGGAGGCGCAGGAGACCGGGUGUGACGUUCGAUGCGUAUGAUGCGGUGCCGCAGGCGGACGAUCAUGCGUUGCCGUAUGUGAUGAGGGCGAGGAGGGCGAGCGUUGUGAAUGCGAGUUGA